AAUUCCUAGAAUGUCUUGAAAAUGAAACACAAGAGAAAACGAAGGGACGUUACUGUAAAGCAAUGUCCAAACCUGAUUGGUUUUGCUGGGAAGGCUACGGUGGAUCGCAGGUUGUUUCCUUUGCGAAUGGACAGAAGAUACAAAAGUACCCUGGAGGAAACAAAGCGUGAGAGAGAUGCAAAGGUAGAUUCUCUUACUGUAUAAUAGUGAUGAGGCCUUGAAAGACAUCAAAUUCUAGGUUUAGAUUUUUGUGUAGGAUUUUUAACUACAUUUUUCAUUUUAACUGCAUGCCAAUCAUUAUAGAAUUUUGAUUUUUUUCUGUGUUGAUGUGAUGUACUCAGGUGAAUAUGAUGCUUGUGAUGUUACUCUGAGUGUAUAUCCACACCGGGUAAUCUUGAAAAAUAUGCGCGGCCACGGUGGGAAUCGAACCUACGACCUUUGGAAUACUAGCCCAAUGCUCUGCUAACUGAGCUACGCGGUCAGGUCGGAAGGAACUAGAUUCUGUUCCGAAAUAUCACUUACUCGAACCGACUUGACCGCGUAGUUCAGUUGGCAGAGCAUUGGGCUAGUAUUUCAAAGGUCGUAGGUUCGAUUUCCACCGUGGCCAGGCAUAUUUUUCAAGCUUACCCGGUGUGGAUAUACACUCAGAGUAACAUUACAAGUAUUAUAGAAUUUGUCCUCGAACUGGAUUAAUUUUUCUUAUAACGAAGUAUAUUAAAUUUAUAUGAAACGUCCACUCAAAACAUUGUCAACUAUUUAUAAAGGACAACAACAUUUCAUAUUUUCACAACUUUACUGAAAGCAGUAAUUGAUAUUUUUACAAAUCUGUUAGAUUUCUCAGAGAGUAAAGUGUGUUCAACAACACAAAUAUCUUACUGGUUUAAUGGGUAGCCUCGACCAACAAAAUAUGGACAACUGCAACACUAGUUUGUUAGAGGUAAGCAUUUUCCGUGUUGUAUUAUCGGCAUUAUUUUUUGUUCAAUUAAACGCACGCAUUAAAAAAAAACAUAUAAAUAUUUCCCUGCUUCCAUCGAGUUAUGAAACAAGCGUAGAGUUUAGGAGAAACAAGAGUUUGAUCACUAUAAUUAUAUUAAUAAUCAAUAUUACUGUUUGAUAUAGAGGUGUAUAUAUAAAUUCCGUCCCUGUACUACCAACAAUUCGCAACAAGGUUGCACAAAAUAUACUUCAAAUUCAAAGUGUCCAAUUAAUAAACAGCCUUUGUAACAUGUGAGGCUGUGAUUUUUACGGUAUUCUACGCAAUUCUAUGAUUACGCAAUACAGCGUCGUGAGAUACUGUAAUAUGCCACGGCAGAUCUGUCGAUCUGUUUACGCUUAGCAUAAUGAGAGCAUAUGGCGGAACAAAACAUAGGAACAAAUAAACAAAACCUCGAGAACUUGAAGAUUUUCACGUAAUUAGUAAAUAUUAUGUUAACAGUUAAACGCGUUCCAAACUAUCUUUGCAUUUUCCAAAAUUCAUUUUUUUGGCUAUUUUCCUCUCAUUUUUCGGAUUUUGUGCUAAUUUUCCUCAAAAUACAAGGAAACGUUUUAAAAAUGUUUGAAUGGCUUUAUACUAUCCGUAAAAUAAGUAGAAAAAAUUGAUAUUUGAGAAAAAAAGCACUGUUUCCAUAGAAAAACUCGUCAACAUAAACAAUCAUUUUCAGAAAUCUUGCUGACCACGAAUUUUUUUCUGCAAAAAUAGAGGAUACGGACUACCAAGAAUUGCGAAUAAGCAAGUUACAAUACAUUAUCUUGGACUGAAAUGCGAAAAUAUAGAUGCACCUUAUUAAGCAGCAUAAAAUUUUAAAGACAGUGAGAUGCGCCAAUGAAAAUAUGCAAUUUCCGAAAUAUACCUACGAUUUUUGACACCCUGUAUAUCUCGAAUAUAUUUAAAAGUUAAAACUGCAGACUGGUAGUCCAGUAUAUCCGAAAUUCUGAUACUUUUGAAAUCGUCUGUAUCUCAAAUAUACUUAAAACUGCAGACUGGUAGUCCGAAGUAUCAGAAAUUCUGAUACUUUUCAAAUCUCUUAUAUGUGAAAUAUACUUAAAACUGCAGAAACUUGUAGUCCAAAGUAUCAGAAAUUCUGAUACUUUUGAAAUUCUCUGUACUGUAUGUCAAAUAUACUUAAAUUGCAGACCGGUAGUCGCGUCCAAAGUAUCAGAAAUUCUGAUACUUUGGAAAUCCUCUCUAUCUCAAAUAUACUUAAAAUUGCAGACUGGUAAUCCAAAGUAUCAGAACUUCUGAUACUUUUCAAAUCCCUUAUAUCUGAAACUAUACUUAAAACUGCAGAAACUCGUAGUCCAAAGUAUCAGAAAUUCUGAUACUUUUGGAAUUCUCUGUAUCUCAAAAAUACUUAAAACUGCAGACUGGUAGUCCAAAGUAUCAGAAAUUCUGAUACUUUUCAAAUCCCUUAUAUAUCUGAAAUAUACUUAAACUGCAGAAACUCGUAGUCCAAAGUAUUAGAAAUUCUGAUACGUUUGAAAUCUGAAAUAGACUUAAAAUUGCAGAUCGGUAGUCCAAAGUAUCAGACAUUCUGAUACUUUUGAAAUUCUCUGUAUUUGAAAUAUACUUAAAAUUGCAGACCUGUAGUCAAAAAGUAUCAGAAAUUCUGAUACUUUUCCAAUCCCGUGUAUGUGAAAUAUACAUAAAACUGCAGAAACUGGUAGUCCAAACUCCAAGGUAUCACAAAUUCUGAUAUUUUUGAAAUCCUCUCUAUCUCAAAUAUACUUAAAACUGUAGAGAUAGGUAGUCUAAAGUAUCCGAAUUCUGAUACUUUUGAAAUCCGCAUCCCCAGUAUGUCAAAUAUAUUUAAAACUGCAGAGACUGAUAGCCCAAAGUAUCAGAAAUUCUGAUACUUUUCAAAUCCCCUAUACACGUGAAAUAUACUUAAAACUGCAGAAACUCGUAGUCCAAAGUAUCAGAAAUUCUGAUACUUUUGAAAUCCUCUCUAUCUCAAAUAUACUUAAAAUUGCAGACUCGUAGUCCAAAGUAUCAGAAAUUCUGAUACUUUUAAAAUCCUUUCUAUCUCAAAUUUACUUAAAAUUAUAGACUGGUAGUCCAAAGUAUUAGAAAUUCUGAUACUUUUCCAAUCCCGUAUACAUGAAAUAUGCAUAAAACUGCAGAAACUGGUAGUCCAAACUCCAAGGUAUCAGAAAUUCUGAUACUUUUGAAAUCCUCUCUAUCUCAAAUUUACUUAAAAUUAUAGACUGGUAGUCCAAAGUAUCAGAAAUUCUGAUACUUUUCCAAUCCCGUAUACAUGAAAUAUACAUAAAACUGCAGAAACUGGUAGUCCAAACUCCAAGGUAUCAGAAAUUCUGAUACUUUUGAAAUCCCCUGUAUGUCAAAAAAAUUAAAAUGGCAGAAACUGAUAGCCCAAAGUAUAUCAGAAAUUCUGAUACUUUUCAAAUCCCCUAUACGUGAAAUAUACUUAAAACUGUAGAAACUGGUAGUCGAAAGUAUCAGAAAUUUCGAUACUUUUGAAAUCCUUUCUGUCUAUAUGAAAUAUACUUAAAAUGGUAGAGACUGGUAGGCCAAAGUAUCAGUGAAAACAAAUUGUUUCUAGAUCUUUAAUCUUUACACACAUAAUGGCAACGUGAAUGAAUCUUAGAAACCUGGUGUGUACCCCAUUCUUUGUGAAUGUGGUCCGGUUUACAUUGGUGAACCUGGUCUAAAUCUCUCAAUACCGGUCUUAAUUAAGAAACAUAGGAUGAAUUGCGAGAAAGCCGAGCAAGAUAAAUCUGCUGUCAGUGCAUGCUAAACAUACUUGGACUUACAACUAUCGUAUAAAAUUGGACAAAGAAACCAUUUUGGCGAUUGACAUAUAUAGUCAUAAUUUUAGUAAUAUCGAAAGUAAAGGGGAUAAAAGGUAAAGUAUAAAGGGUAUGAAAAUGUGUGGUAAACAUAGUUCUCUCGCAAAAUGAGAGAAUAAUUGAAAUCGAGAAGCACAAUACAAUAGAUCAGAAGCAGGAGGGAAAGCCACUUGAACUCCACUUUGUAAAACAAGUACUUUUAAAGCCUCAUAUUUUAAUCGCAUUGUUUGGAUGUAGAACUCUAUAUGUACAGUUGCACCGAGUAGUAGUUUUAGUAAUCUCGCCUCAUUUAGAAGGUUUCUAAUCAAACUUUAUAACGUACUUUUACGUACUGUUUUUGAUGUGAAGUUGAUGUGAAGUUGAGCUUGCACGUUUUAGAGUAGCCAGUGUGGCUGGCUCUUCCAUAGGGCUGAGAAUUGAAGAAGAGCCUGCCCGAAAGCCCUAGUAAAAUUGCUCACUCUCGGAAGCUAGCUACCGAGAAUUGUUAUUGGCUGAAUUUACGUUGAUAACGGGUUGAUUGACAUGUAAGCUAAUUUAUUCAAAAAUUUAAAAAUAAAUGCGGUAAAAACAAGCAGCAUCGCACACAAUUAAUAUAUUGUGCAAGUGUAAACCUGUCGGCUAAAAUAUAAAAACUCAAAAGACAAAGUAUAAAAUGUAUAACAUAUACAGUUAUCUAACAGAAUAAGGCAAGCCAUAUACUGCAUAGCUAUAUCGUAUGAUUUUACCGUAUGGUCACUAUAGAGUAUAGAACCUUGUCAGUCCUUGCCUUGUUUAGAUUUUGCACGCAGGCAAAUUAUGAUUAUACAAAAGAAUACAUUUUCUACGGAAGCCGUGAAGGGACUUCAGACUUCGGACUUCAGACUUCAAACAUUGGUUCCGAGCUUCGCUAAUAGCCAACAUUGCCUUUGCAAGCUGUCUAUAUUUAAGGCACUUUUUAUUCAGUCAAAGCUAUUCAAACUAAAAUAAAAAAUGGUCAGAAUGAUUUAGACUGUAAAUGCAGACUGUUGGAAUGUGAGUUCUUUGUAGGUUACCAGGACGAUAAAACAUAUAAUACUAUUUUUCGUGGAAACACCACGUAAAUUUAUUACUGCAGUAAAUGUAUUAACAUUAUUCUGUAAAUUUAUUAAAUUUAUCACGUAAAUUUAUUACUUUAAAGUUAUUAAUUUUAUUAUUAUUGUUUAUUACAUUUAUUUAUUAUUUUUAUUCUAUAUAUCUUUAUCAAGCAGCAAUAGGAUCCAUGUGUAGACUUCACAUUUGAUCAAACGUGACUGCGCUAUAUACUGUAUUAUAGCAUCAGUUUUUUAUGGUGAUUACUGUUGUGGAGUCAAGUCAUGCUUUUAUUGUAAAAACGAACGAAUGAUUGGUAUCGCGCGGUAAAUUCUUCAGUGUUGCCUAAAGUGGUCACUGCCAUCAAGUUAUAUAAUUAUUAUUACUGUUCUUUUGAAGCUGCCGUUUUUGGUCAAAUACAGGCUUCUCGUUUGCUGCGCUUACUCUUGAGAUAUCAUGUUCAACACUCGAAACAAGAAACAAAUCUGGUAUUUCCGCGCAUCCAUGUGAUUAUUUUCUAUAAUUAUAUAAGCAUAUACAUGUAGAUAAUAAUGCUAUGUGGGUACGCAUAAUGGUAUAAAUAAUGCAAAAAUGAUGUUAAAAUCGACAUACCGUAUAUUGUUCCAUUUGAUGUCGACAAACUGGAAUGUAGGGAUAAAUACUUGCAACACCAAACCGUCGGCCUGUUAUGGUUUUGUAGAAAACCUGGCGUACAAAACAUUUUAUAUUUGAAGCAGAUUCAAGUUGACAACAUUCAAUGAUAUCUUCUCAUAUUUGUAUUAAUAACGUUUAUAGACCUUUGAAAGCUUCCAAAUCAUGAGGCGCACAAGGAAAAUUAUUAUACAAGAUUCAAAGUCCAACGGUUGUAACGAAAUUUGAUUCUUGGCGCCGCCAAUACACGCAGUGAUUUGAUUGGCGCACAACAUGGUUAAACGCUUUCAUGCGGUGAUUGAUUGUUGUCAAAUUAUCCUGCGCACAGACGCGCAAUUAUUCAAACGCUAAAUACCAUAUUCAGAAAUAUACUAUGAACUGCAGAGAAAAGGAUAAACCCAUCCUGACUCUCUAUCAAAGGUCGCUACGUGGUAUUCGAGAAUUCGAGUGUUGAAUAUCGAAAGAUCUUAGAAGUGAUGUGAAUGCAUAAGGUGCAUGAAUGCUUACAUGGAAUUAUGUUGUAUUGAUUGAUGAAUCGGAAAGCGGAAAGGCAAUUCAAAAUUGCCUAUCUUUAUCGUUUUAUUAAAUAUCCAUUUGCCAUAUCAGAUACACUUAACUAGCUUUCGCUUACGAAGUUAUAAAACUGCAUGAUAUCACAAAGUCAAGUCUUAAGCUACUACUAAAACCAGGCCCAUAUAUUUUUGGCCACUACAGCUUUAAUAUUAUGCAGUGGUUUAUUAUUCAUAUUAAUCUUUUUCUAUAGCGAACACGUUCACCCCAAACAAACCAAACAAAUGGACUGUUUGUUGCAACAUUUUGAACUGGCUUAAAUUAAGCUUUGAAGAAACGAUGCGCAUGAAAUAGAAUCUAAUUAAUAUUUAGUUCUACUGAAUGCAUGCAGCUACGCAGGCAACAACGGUGUUUGAAUAUUGUUUAAUUUUAUGUAGACACUGCAGUUUUCUGUGAUAUACUAUAUGUAUCUAGCAUCUACACUUUUGCAACCUCAAUAUGUAUUUAAAACCAGAAGUAUUUAACUUUUAUGUGCAGAACUUGGUUUGAUUAUAAUAUUCAUGCCAACAUAUAUUGCCAUUGGCGUGAAAAUCUAUUACGUUGUUACACAUGUUUGGCAAAAUUUGCGCAUGUUUAAAGGAUCUCGCUAAACCGUAAAAUUACGGUACAUGCGACUCUUGGCAAAAACGCCUAUAGACGAUUGUGGAAUUUUGCCGGAGAAAAUUAAGGAUUUUUGAAAGUAUUAUUUAAAAAAAAAACCUUCAAUCGAAUAUACCUGUAUAUAAUAUUUCGUGUUAUUUGAAAGAAUUUCUGAUACGUCUGUCCUCUGCAGUUUUCAGUGUAUUUGUGAUUUAGCCGCAUUUGAAAGUAUCAGAAUUUCUGAUACUUUCCGGCGGGACGUCGCGUCUCUGCAGUUUUCAUUGUACUUGUGAUUUAGCCGCAACAUUUGCAAGUAUCAGAAUUUCUGAUACUUUGGACGUCUGGUCUCUGCAGUUUUCAGUGUACUUGUGAUUUAGACUAGCAUUUGAAAGUAUCAGAAUUUCUGAUACUUUCGGGACGUCGCGUCUCUGCAGUUUUCAGUGUACUUGUGAUUUAGAAGCAUUUGAAAGAAUCAGAAUUUCUGAUACUUUCGGACAUCUGCGGUCUCUGCAGUUUUCAGUGUAUUCGUGAUUUAGAAGCAUUUGAAAAGUAUCAGAAUUUCUGAUACUUUCGGGACGUCUGGUCUCUGCCGUUUGCAGUGUAUUUGUGAUUUAGCCACAUUUGAAGGUAUCAGAAUUUCUGAUACUUUGGACGUCUAGUUUCUGCAGUGUCUGGUCUCGGCUGCUUAAGAGUAUCUAAACUAUAUAGAACACAUUGUAUGGUACUAUUAUAUAUUUCCUACCCAAUGGAAUGUGGCAAAUUUCGUUACUUAUCCAAGGUGUUUUUGAAAUCGUAAGAUAUUGUCGCAUGUAUGUAUUGCAGAUAUUACUAUUUUUUACGGAGGCGGUAUUUUUAUCUGCAAAAUUGGGAUGAUUUGAACGAAAAGUUUUUGGUGUCAGCAACAUGUUGCAAAUAAGGUUGUUUUUGUCGAAAAAAAUAUUAUUUUGGAAGUGCAAAGUAGUUUGGAACGCGUAAACUUAUCUUCAAUGGACGUCAAAAACUCAGGUAUAUAUAAAUAAAAAAUUAAACAUUGCAUUCGCUUAAUUAUAUUUAACAACUUUAUUCUGAAUUUAGUGGGUUGUUUAACUUUUGGUAUAAUAUAUCAUUUGCGGACCUUCCUUUGGGGCAUUCGGCGAAAUGUUACCACUGAAUCGAAUAUUACCCCAGCCCCUCGGGAAAUAUCAUCACUACGGGCAAUAUUUUGCCGAGGGGAGGGUCUAUAAAUGAUAAGUAUACUAAGGGUCUGUUCAUAUUAUAUGAGCCGGGCUGGCCCGUUAAACCGGGCUAGCUCGCUUUGCCGGGUCAAGUUGUCCGCCAAAGCGCUAUGUAGAAGUUCCCGCGCGAUUUUUGGAGGGAACGCGAUAUUUGUUUUAAUUUUGAAAACGCGAUAUUUGUUUUAAUUUUUAUUGACGGAAAUUGCUUCAGAAGUUUUAAUACUGUUGAUUUCUUACUUGUUUUGAAUUCUUAGACGCUUUCUAGAUGGAAUCAAGCAUGCACUGUGACACAAUUUCCCGCCCGGUUUGCCGGGCUGGCCCGCUAAGUGUGUUCAUGCAUGUGAGCCAAUGAUAUGAGCCCGGGAAGGUACGUGAGAUCUCGUCUCGCUCAAACGGGAGCCCGGCAAACCGGGCCAGCCCGAUUCUCAUGUGAAUCAAAUCUCAAAAACAUAUGAAAACAAUAGACCAAGCAAGAUCUCGCCACUUGCGAGUCAUUCCGGUUUACCGGGCCAGCUCAGCUCAUUUGAACAUGCCGUAAUAAUAGGCUAGCGUUUGUUUUGCAGUGUAGGAGUGUAUUUUAAUUAAGAUUGUAUAUAUGGCCUAGUAAUUAUCCCAAUUGUUUCCUCGUAGGAACUUGAAGAAAAGCGAAUGACGGUGCAACGAAAAUUAAACCGCUUAGACGUUGAGCUGGUCUAUAUUAAAAAAAACAUGAAGGGUUUGUGA